GAGGAGCGCGCGUCUCUUAAUUAAAGGGGUCGCUUCGGUGAGAUAUUUGGCGCGUUUCGACGGCGACGCCAUAAUCCGUACGCGAUCGACUGACGCUCCUCUCGAUCAUUCGUAAAUAUAUACACCUUCCGUUUCGAUCGGUUUCUCUUCAAGUCGUUCAAUCGCCGACAGACGGACGCGUGUCGCGUCGCGUUAAACGCGUCGCUCGACGCGACGCAACUCUCGGCACGAGGAUCGGGGGAUUUAUCGCGCGCGUUCGCAGCAGCGUGUGCCGUAUGUGUGUGUGUGUGUGUUUAUGUGUGUAUACUUGGGGUGUGUGUACGUGCGCGCCAGCAUGCGACGCGAUAGCGCGCGCGUCAGAGAAGCGAGCUCGAUAGAGCGCGCACAUCCGUCGGAGUGACGGAAAGAGAGAAGCGGAGGAUUCGCGCGAUUCUUCGGGGGCCGACGCGAGAGCAGACGAAGGCGGCACACGCAGAUCGGCGUGAGACGGACGAGGGACCGGUUAAGCGUGUAACACGUACCAUUGUCAUCCCUAGACAGACGGAGAGAGAGAGAGAGAGAAAGAGCAAGAGAAAGAGAGAGAGCGGAGCGAAGACGUGUGUCGGGCAAAAGCAGUUAACGCGGAGAGAGUUGCGGCCGCCACAACAGCCGAGGGAGAAAGGAGGAGGGACAGUCGCGCCCCGCGUGCUAAUAGAAAUGACGAAGAUGCAGCAGCACUCGGUGCAGGCAGCGGCGCGGAUAACGCACGAGGAACGAAUACUGGAGGCGAUCGAUCAGCUGCGUCGACGUAAAGCGCGCCCCGACGCUGAUCGGAUCUGCAAUUAUUUGCUGCGUAACUUCUCGGUUGAUGCGCGCGACACCAUUGCCGAUUUACACCGGCUGAUCGAGGUCGAGAAGGUGAUUCAGGUCGAUUACAAGGGCAACACAAGCUAUCGCAACGCGAAGAAGUGGUCGCGUUUACAGUUGUUCAAAAAUCGUCCGGAGGGCUUUCUCAAAGAGAAAUUGAACACGAGCAUGGUUUCGAGCGCGAUAGCCGAGCUUUUGGUCGAGGAAAAUCCCGAUUAUCUCGAUCAGGGCGUACCCGCGAGCCGUUUGAUCGAGCAACUGCUCAACGGCGUGUCAAGUCCGACCUCGCGCCGCGUAGUCGAGGAGUUUCUCGGCCGGGAGGUGGCGAGCGGCAAUCUCGCGCGCCUGUCCAACGGCAAUUACUCGCUGGUAGACUCGGUGGCGACGACGGACGCGACACCGCAGCGAUGCGGCGGCAACACGCAGCCGUCGUCCUCCGCAACCGUCGCCCGCACCCUGGAGAACGGCAACGGGACGGCGCAGCGACGCUCUGCCAAACAGACAUCGAACGGCACCGUCGGCAAUGGCACCACCACCGCUACUAGCAACGGUACCGCCGCCAAUCGCUUAACAACUGCGUCCGCGGAACAACUUUACGAUUUCAACGAGACGGAUAACCUCACCGAUACCACCACCACCACCACAACUACCACUACAUCCGGCUCGAAUACAUCGCGAUCGUCGUCGCGACAGGCCAGCAACAGCCCAAAACUGGAUCAGCAAUUGCAGCAGAAUUCCGUUAAGGAGGAUCAAUCAAAAGGAGAAUGUCACAAGAUCAACAAAGUCGUCAUCAAGGUCGAGAAGAACGACGCUACCGAGCGUGGCGCCAGCGCGUCGCCGUCGUCUGUCGAGGUGGCAUACAACGGCGUCGACGAUACCGACAAUUGCAACGGCUACAGUCAGAAACGUAAAGCUUCUUCGGAAGCAGCACUGUCAACGACAAUCGUGGAAUCUGUCAAAAUCAAGCAAGAACCGAUUAAAGACGAACCUGCCACCGUCAAAGAGGAAUCUAAGAACAACAAUAACAAUAACGAUGUCCAGAAGACGACGUCUAACCUCAAAAAGCCCAAGGCUGAGCGCAAACAGCGUCUGCUUGUAAGAACGGAUGAUCGAAUGGACAUUGAGAUAAGAUAUGAGGAUUAUCAGAGGAGCAUCAAAGAAGAACCGGAGAAACGCGAGGAAUCUAGGCGACGCUCAAGCGAGGAUCACGAGGAUGAGGACGCCGGCAGGAGCUCCUCAACGAACACAUCACCUACUCCGUCCAAUACGAAUAACGCUGGAUUUCGCAGCGCUAGAAGAAAGAGAGCUAGAAAGGUAUUUGACCCUUCAGACAACAAUUUAGUGAAACGUAAACGUGGCAGACAGCCGGGUAGUCAUAAAAACUCGCUGAUGCAAGACUCGCAGGAUUCUGGCAAACCAGCUGUAAAGGAAGGACCGUAUAGACAAUGUAGUCUCUGUGCUAAAGAAAAACAAGAACCUUUGGUAGCUUGUAGAGAUUGUACAGUGCGAGCACAUCCAAGUUGCAUUUAUAGUCCGGAGGAGAUACUUCAGAAAUCCAAUAGCAGUUGGCAAUGCGAACGUUGUAAAACUUGUACAAUAUGUUGUGAGACAUCUGAAGCUGGUUCUUUGGUGACUUGUUUUGGAUGUGACGAUGCUUAUCAUUACCACUGUCUCACGUCGCGUGUCGGAAUAUCGAAAUCAAACUCAAAGUGGUAUUGCAGCGAGUGCACGCAAAAGCAGCAGCAAUGUAAAGCGAAUGAUUCUCAAAUAGUAGUUAGUUCAGUUAACGGGACGAGCAGGCCAGAGAGUCCAUCCAAUGCUCCCAACUUACCGCCAGUGCUGAGUCCUCAAGUCUCUCCCACUAGAGGUUCCACUGAUCAAAUAGAAGAGGAUGGUCCAAAAGGUCCUAUCGAUCCAAAUAUUCCUGAUGCGCGACAUUGGACGAUCGAGCAAGUGUAUCAAUAUUUUGCCAGAUUAUUUCCAAAGGAAGCUGAAGUUUUCCGACAACAUGAAAUAGACGGUCACGCUCUUCUGAUGAUGACCCGAAAGGACGUGCUGUGCGGACUCGGUUUACUACUAGGUCCUGCUUUAAAGAUAUACCGACAUGUUUUGAAACUGCAAUUUCGUAGGGACGAUCCCGAACUUUAUUGGCAAUAAUAUAGACAUUCUCGCAUGAAAUCUGUCUUUGCGAUAUUGUACGCGAUUGGAUCUAUAAGAAAGUUUAAUUAUAAAUCAAGCACCGCAGACUUACUGUGUACUAAUGUAUUUGGUUAAAGAAUUGAAGUGUGAAAGUCAUUUGUUGAAGAUAGUGUUCUAAAAUGAUUUGUGUCAACAAGAGAGAGAGAGAGAGAGAAGGAAAGAAAAUUAUACACUAAUGAUUUUUAAUUUCAUCUUGCAUUCAGAGCAGACUUCAACAAUAAGGUCAAGGAAGCUAUUGUGUAAAUAUACGGGGUGUCAGAGAAAUUUUGACCAAAAUGUGAGUAUACAUAUACAUCGAGUUAAUCUGAACACAGAAAAGUCAUCUGCAAUUUUGCAAACUUUGCAAUAUUUAUUGAGCAAUUAAUUAAUAGACGUGACGCAGUGAGUAUGUGCUCAUUCGGUCGCAUGUAUUAAUUAAUAAUUCAACAACUAUUGCGAACUACACAAAAUAGCAAAUGACUUUUUGACUUCAAACUGAUCCAAUGCUUUACACUUUGGCUUGGUCAAAAUUUUUUUAGAUAUCUUGUAUAUCAAACGGUGUACAUUAUAUUUUUUUUUUCUUUUUUUUUUUUUUUAGUUCGUACUAUCGAAUCUCGCGAUGUAUCAAAAUAUAUUCUAUGAAUCGUGAUGUUUUUGAAAAAACACUUAUAUAGUGGCAAAGCUGAUUGUAGGACGUAUUUUGUACAAAAUUGAUCUUUGACGGUGUGCGUGUGCGUGUGCGUGUGCGUGAUUUAUAUAAUAUCGUACAAAUUAAGCCUUUUUGUGGAGAAGAUCGCAACGUACAAUUUUAUUUCUGUACAUGGUACAUUGUGCUAUAUGGAAGACGUGUGUGAUGGUUGGAAAAAAGAUCUCUUGCAAACGAUCUGUCGUAAAUCGCGUCUAUUCUUCGUAGAUGUAAUAUCGAUCUUUACAGACGUAUGUGCACGAUUGUAUACUUAAUAAUGUACAUACACAUUCCGCCCUUUUCACGCGCGGUGUUUUGUAAGAAGAAACAUAUUUUCUAUUCGAACUGUUACUUGUUAAUGUUACAUAAAACAUAAAGGCUUAGGUCUAUACCUCUAAAAUUAUAGACACUGUUCGAAUAUAUACAAAAAAAAAAGAGAGAAAAAGAAAAAAGUAACAAUUGCAUAUAGGAAACAAGGAAGAGAAAUUCGACUGAUUAUGUUUACGCAACUUUUGUGUGUUGGACAAAAAUUCAUGUUUUAUUUGCAGAUUUUACAGACAGGAAUAAAUACACAUUUACUUGUAGCUCCGACAUACUCUACUUUAAGGAACAUGAUACUUUGGUUUACAUGUACUUUUCUAUUAUGCAAUAAAGAUUUUGAUUUUUAUAAAUAUAUUGUAAUAUAAAAUAAUAAAAUACGUAACGUCUUCGCGAGGAAAAACCUAACAUCUAAACUUUUGGAAAUACGGACAGACAUAUGUGAGGAAUGUUGUGUCACACACUCUCUCUCAACAAAUUUGUCAUCGCGGAGAAAGAGAUGAAGACGACACGUAAAAUUUUUACCUAAUGUACAAUUGGAAGAUACACACUAAUACACACCGGUUUUUUUAACAACAAGAGAUUUUAAUUUAAGAAUUAUAUAAGUCUUGCGAACAGGAACUCUUGAACAUUUACUUUUUGUACGAUAUACAUAUACAAUUAUCUCUAGAUUGCACGUACAAUAUCACAAAAUGUAAUUCAAAAUUCAAUUUUGACAUUCAAGAUUUUGUUUGCGCAACGCAAUAUAAAUUUUUACGAAAAAAUUCUAAAUUAUUGCAUCAAGAAAUUUCAUAUAUGUAUAUGUUGUUUAACGUGGUACAUACACUUACAGAAGAUUAUAUCACACGGUGAUGCUCUCUUCUCAAAGAUAGUAAAACUUUUAUUUAUAUAUUGCUACCGUUCACUGUGUGUGAGAUCAUAAAUGGCGCAAUUUCUACUCGCUAAACAGUCUAAAUUGUGUAAAAUAACAAUGUUAUAACAAAACACUACGCAUUAAUAAUAUAACUAUAAUAUAGUAAUAUAAUAGUUUGUUUUUGUUUGUUUUUUGUUCUUUUUUUUUUUUUUUUUUUUUUUUUGAUAAAAACUUUAAUGAGAUUUCAAUCGCGCAUGUUGUGUCACUCGGUAUUGAAAUUGCGGAAAAAAUUGUGAUUUUACACGGUUUUGUUUCCGACAAUAUGAAUACCUGUGCGUGAUCGAACCAAGUUCUAACAUAUGUACAUAUAUGUGAGAUAUGAUGUUUUAGAAAAAUUCUGAAAAAAUUUUUUGCGCGUGUAUAUAUAAA